AUGGGGUCGUCUGCGUCCAAGGCUGCCCUCGCCGCGACCACCAACGAGCCCACCAAACCCGAGCCGAAACACUUGGCGGAUCUGAUUCAGUACAUAAAUGGAACAAAUAUGAGUGUUGUCCAUCUGGCUGAUAUUCUUUCUGAGAAAACUGGUAGCAGCAGCUGGGUGGUGGUGUUCAAAGCCCUGGUUACUGUCCAUCACCUCAUGGUGUAUGGAAAUGAGCGUUUUAUCCAACAUCUUGCAUCGAGAAGUUCUUUGUUCACUUUACACAACUUUCUGGAUAAAAGUGUCGUAGAAGGCUAUACUAUGUCAGCUUUCAUCAGACGAUAUAGCAAGUACUUGAAUGAAAAGUCACUCGCAUAUAGACUGAUGGAGUCAGACAUCACCAAAAUCAAAAGAGGGACAGAUGGUGUGAUGAGAACUAUGAACACUAAGGAGCUGCUGAACACUCUUCCAGUUAUUCAAAUUCAGUUUGACGCUCUUCUGAAUUUUAAUGCAAAUGCUGAUGAACUAACUAAUGGUAUAAUACAUGCCGCUUUCAUGCUCCUCUUUAAGGAUUCUCUUCGCCUCUUUGCAGCCUAUAAUGAGGGGAUCCUUAAUCUGCUAGAGAAAUAUUUUGACAUGGGGAAGAAGCAAUGCAGGGAAAGUUUGGAUAUUUACAUCAAGUUCCUCGAAAGAAUGACCAAAUUGGGACGGUUCCUUAAAGUUGCAGAGCAAGCUGGAAUUGAUCAGAAUAACAUUCCAUAUCUUUCUCAGGCACCCUACAGUUUACUUGAAGCACUAAAACAGCAUUUGGCUUCUCUGGAGGACAAACAUGAUAUUGUACCUCCUUAUGGCAUGCAGCGUGCAUUGAUUCCCUCCAUACCAAACAAUCCAUUUGUGACAAACUCAGCAAGCAAAGUCUGGUUUUCAGCCUGCAAACGUUUUGAAGCCAGACGGCAAAAUGAAAAAGUCAUAGCAAAUGACCUGGACGGUUCAGUUGUUAGCCUUGUAGAAAAUCUUAACUUUGGAGGAAGUGCAGCUAACAGAUCUGACGUGAAUUGGUGUCAACCCUCAGAGAUGGAAAUGACCAGUGAAAUGAACUGGCAGUUGAGUAACUGCACCUGCAUGUCAACCAUCUGGGACCCAGUUUCUAUUCCUCCCAUCUCCUACAUGGACGGUUGUGGUGUGGGAGAAGUGGCUGCGGGCAACGGGAGGCGACUCCACCUGGGGAUUCCUGAAGCGGUUUUUGUGGAAGAUGUAGAUUCCUUCAUGAAACAGCCUGGGAAUGAGACUGCAGAUAUUGUACUGAAGAAGCUGGAUGAACAGUACCAGAAGUAUAAGUUUAUGGAACUCAAUCUUGUGCAAAAGAAAAGGAGGCUAAAAGGCCAGAUUCCUGAAAUUAAGCAGACUUUAGAAAUUCUAAAAUAUAUGCAGAAGAAAAAAGAAUCCACCAGUUCACUGGAGACCAGGUUCUUACUGGCAGAUAACCUGUAUUGCAAAGCUUCAGUUCCUCCUACCGAUAAAGUGUGUCUGUGGUUGGGGGCGAACGUAAUGCUUGAAUAUGAUAUUGAUGAAGCUCAGGCGUUGUUGGAAAAGAAUUUAUUGACAGCCACAAAGAAUCUUGAUUCUCUUGAGGAAGACCUCGACUUCCUUCGAGAUCAGUUUACUACCACGGAAGUCAAUAUGGCCAGAGUUUAUAAUUGGGAUGUUAAGAGAAGAAACAAAGAUGAUUCUACCAAGAACAAAGCAUAA